GUUUUAUCGCGCCCCUCUCUCUCUCUUAUCGAGGUGAACGUAUUGAAAAGAGCACGCAUGAGAUGUGCUGGCGUGCGGAAAAAAUAAAUCGAUACGUUUUGUUUAUGGCAGACGAGUGAGUGGCGUGUUGCGCAAAAAGUUAAUUCGGUAAAAAUCCUCUCAAAUUUGGUUAUACGGAAAUCAUCUUCUGUUUGAAUUAAAAGUUUAUUGCAGAGUAUUGUUGAACUGGACCUUGAAUAAUAUACUGACCAUAAACUUUUGAGCAUCUUCUUCAAGAUGGCCUCAGGCAGAGGAGAUUUGAAAAUUGAAGUUGAUAAUGAUAUCGACAUUGACAAAGUAGUUGAUGAGGAACUUUCGGCCAAAGAGAACGCAACAGCUGGUGAUAAUCUGACCAAACGCAAACCCAAGAAGGUCCACAGACAAAACAGCAAGGAAAACGUCGUUUCCUCAAACUUUAUUCAGGGCCCUCGCUCGUGGAAAAACAGUCGUAGAUCAAGGAAUGGUUAUGGACGUGGACUCCCAAAAAAAGGGGGUGCUGGUGGCAAAGGAGUGUGGGGAUUGCCUGGAUCUGAGCUGUUGGAGACUUACGAAGAUGUCAACGACCCUAACUUUGAUAGUGAAAAUAUGAACAAUGGUGACGUUGAACUUAAGGCUAUUAUACCUGAUGUUUCUAAUGAAGAAAUCAAGAAAAAAAUCGAACCCAUCAUUCUCGAGUAUUUCGAGAACGGGGACACCCAUGAAGCUUCCAUUUCCAUUGAGGACUGCAUCACUCUCAACCACAGAGACGUUUUGGUGGAACAAGUGAUCGAAAUCGCUUUGGACCACAAACCGUCGCACAGAGAAAUGACCUCAGUGCUGAUCUCCGACUUAUUCGGCCACGUAAUCACCGAAUACGACAUAACCAAGGCAUUCGAAAACUUGCUUUCAAACUUAAACGACUUAAUUCUCGACGUUCCGGACGCACCCACAGUAUUGGGCAACUUUAUCGCGCGCGCCGUGGCCGACGAUUGCAUCCCGCCCAAAUUCAUAACCGCUACUAAAGAGAAAAGUGAUAAUAAAGACUUCCAGGAGGCGCUGAUACACGCCGACACCCUGCUCUCCAUGAAGCACGGUCUGGUGCGUCUGGACAACGUGUGGGGCGUGGGGGGCGCCUUGAGGCCCGUCAAGGCCCUCUCCCGGCAGAUGGCGCUGCUCCUCCAGGAGUUCGUCUCCUCGAGCGACCUGGAGGAGGCCGGCAGAUGCCUGCGUCUGCUCGAGGUGCCGCACUUCCACCACGAGCUGGUCUACGAGGCCAUCGUGAUGGCUCUGGAGGCCAACAACGCCGCCAAAGAGGAGGCGCUGUGCAACCUGCUGAAAUCGCUGGCCACCGCGGUGCUGGUCACCCCUGAUCAGAUGGAGCGCGGCUUCCUGAGGGUGUUCGACGACCUCCCCGACAUAUCCAUGGACGUGCCUCUGGCGUACAUAAUCCUGGACAGAUUCGUCGAUCGUUGCCACAAAGCGGGUUUCUUGACCGAGCAAAUCAUUCAGAAACUGCCGUCCAGAGGGCGCAAGCGUUUCGUGUCCGAAGGCGAUCAGCAGUUCAUCAAGAACUUCAAGCAUUAAGAAACGAUAAUCUACUUACUUUGCUGGCCAUAAGCCCACCACGUAGAUUUUCUUAAACUAAACGCAUUUGUAUGUUUUGUUACAAUUUCCUUAAGGUUUACACGCUAGGUGUAAAAAAUAUAACAAUAAAACAGUGUUACUUUUUGUAUAUGUUCUAUGGAAAUAAAGAUUAUUUCAAGUUAGAGCUCUUUCCACUGAUUUUUAUUUUAAUAACAAAUGUUACAUUAACUGCUUGAAAAUUA